AUGACCUCACCCAGCUCCCCAUCCGAAAAGCUGCCCGCGCCCGUCGUGUGGAAGCAGGGCAUGACGGACCUGGCUUACGGCCAGCCGUACGUCUUCCCGUUAGGAGUCCCCCGCCCGCGCAUCCCGCCCGAAACCUCGCGCAGCCGGCCGCCGGCCUCCCCCGCGGCGCGGCGCCUCUACUGGACGCUAGCCGGCCCGCUCCACUCGUCGGCCACUACGGGCAUGCCCGAGGACCAAGACCCGGACGCGCCGCGGGAGCCUUACUUCCGGGGGGCCGGACGACUGGCACCCGAUCUCGCGGGAGCCAAUGACUGGCGCGACAGAUUGUGGGACGAGUUCGUGGGCGAAGGGUACGACGAGGAGGAGGAGCCGGAGCUGACGGCCCGACACGAGGAGGAGGGCAUGCCGCCCGCGUUCGACGAGCCGGCCGUCGUUGUGUACGCGUCGGACGGGCGCAAAAAAAAAAACGUCACGGUCCACGACUUUGUGUCGGCCGUGCACCCGUGGCUGAUGGGCCGCCGCGACGAUAUGGUCAGAGCGAUCAAGAACAGCGACCGGGGCGCGCCGGUCGCCGGGGACGAGCGUCUGGUGAUUGUCGCGGUGCAGCCGCAUUCGCCGAGUGCUCGGGACGAGGACGAGUGGCGCCGCUCGCUGAAGUCGACGUACGAGAAGAGGCGGCGGGAGCCCCAGCCGCGCUUCCCGCAGGAGCCUGCGGGAGGUCCUGUCGUGCGGCCCUGGUGGGAGGAGUGGGGGGGAAACACUUGGGUUCUGCGCCGGCAGGAGAUUCUAGAAUAGAUGCAAAAGUUCUCGGUAGCUAGCUCGACUCUUGAUGUGGCCGCUCAUAAUAAAGGGUCUCUAGUCCCCCACGUAUAGC